UCUUGUAUCUUGGCUCCAGAAUCGGAAUCCUACAAAGCAUAAACUGCAUUUUUCUUCUGUCACCUGCUUCCAUGGAGUGUCUAGGUCACGUGCGGGCAGCCGCACACUCUCUUCCAUUCUGCGACUGGAAAUGCCAGAGGCGACUCGCUGCGGCCGACCAGUGGCCGCUGCUCUGGAAGAGAAAACGUUCGAUUCGGCCUCUUCCGCUAUUACGCGCCUUCGGGCCGACGACGGAGGUGAAGGGAGUGGAGGAAUUUGCUGAUGAGGAGGAUUAUAUUAAGGCCGGCGGCAGUGAGCUCUUCUUUGUUCAAAUGCAGGAGCGGAAGCCUAUGGAAAAGCAAACCAAAAUUUCAGACAAACUACAAAUGAUUUCUUCUGGCAUUCCUAUGCUGGAUUUAAUCGUGAUUGGGUGCGGUCCGGCUGGCAUGUCGCUGGCAGCAGAGGUGGCUAAAACUGGAUUAAGAGUAGGACUUAUUGGUCCCGACCUUCCAUUUACAAAUAACUAUGGUGUAUGGGAGGAUGAGUUUAAAGGUCUUGGAUUGGAAGGUUGUAUAGAACAUGUUUGGCAAGAUACUAUAGUAUAUCUUGAUAGCAAUGAUCCAAUUCUGAUAGGCCGUGCAUAUGGUAGAGUUAGCAGGCACUUGUUGCACUCUGAGUUGUUGAGAAGGUGUCAGGAAACUCAUGUCGAAUUUCUUGAUUCAAAAGUGGAAAAGAUUAUUGAAGCAAGCGAUGGUUCGAGUAUUGUUGUAUGUGAAGGUGAUCUCAUGAUUCCGUGCAGGCUUGCCACUGUUGCAUCUGGAGCUGCUUCAGGGAAACUUCUCCAGUACGAGGUGGGGGGUCCACGAGUGACCGUGCAAACAGCAUAUGGAGUGGAGGCUGAGGUGGGAAAUAAUCCGUAUGAUCCCAAAUCAAUGGUUUUCAUGGACUACCGAGACCAUGUGAAGGGAAAAAUUAUAUCCUCUGAUGAAUAUCCAACGUUUCUCUAUGUCAUGCCCUUGUCACCUACAAGGGUCUUUUAUGAGGAAACUUGCUUGGCUUCAAGGAACGCCAUGCCUUUUGAUCUUCUUAGAAGUAAACUUAUGUCUCGCUUGGAUGCUAUGGGUGUCCGUAUAUUGAAAAUAUAUGAAGAGGAAUGGUCUUAUAUACCUGUUGGUGGAUCCUUGCCAAACACGGAACAGAAGAACCUUGCAUUUGGUGCUGCGGCCAGCAUGGUGCAUCCAGCCACUGGAUAUUCAAUUGUCCGUUCCUUGUCUGAGGCUCCAAAGUAUGCUUCAGUGAUUAGUAAUAUAUUGAUGAGAAAUUCAUUUUCAAGACAAAAUAAGAUCGUAGGGAGUGUUUAUAAUCCUUCUGCCCUAGCAUGGAGGACUCUUUGGCCACAAGAAAGGAAACGACAAAGAGCAUUCUUUCUAUUUGGACUAGCUUUAAUAUUGCAGCUUGAUAUCGACGGAAUUAGAAUAUUUUUUCAGACUUUCUUUCGCUUGCCUGAUUGGAUGUGGCAGGGUUUUCUGGGUUCCACACUUUCUUCGGUGGAUCUUAUAUGGUUUUCCUUCUACAUGUUUGCAAUAGCACCCAACAGCCUAAGAAUUUCCCUCGUAAGGCAUCUCUUUGCUGAUCCGUCUGGCUUAACUAUGAUUCGGGAGUACCUUACCCUGUAAAAUAUAACGCGCAUUUAUUUCUGCAUCUUUUGGGGAUCAUCCUUCAUUUUCUAAUGGAUUGGCUAUUCUGGUUUGUGCUUCCCUUCAAUAUUGCAAAUAAGCAUCAAAAUUAAGUAAAUUCAAUUUGUGCAUAUUUUGAGAGAUGCACGUAGUUAUUGCAAAAUGCUCUUACCAAU